AGGUGGUGACACAUACAGCCCACCACUGACCAGUAUGUAUCAUGUGUACUCACAGACUGCUGAACGCCAACAGGAUCUCCUGUCUACGCAGAGACGCCUUCACAGACCUGCGUAGCCUUAACCUCUUGUCACUUUACGACAACAACAUUAAGACGAUCCAGAAUGGCACCUUCCAGACCCUCAGUAGCAUCCAGACUCUGCACCUGGGUCGCAAUCCAUUCGUGUGUGACUGCAAUAUCCAGUGGCUGUCGGACUACCUGGAGGUGCAUCCCAUUGAGACCUCAGGUGCCCGCUGUGAGAACCCUCGCUGGCUUCAACGAAGGAAACUCAACGCUCUUAGGGAUGAGCGACUGAAGUGUACAGACGGGACAGUGUCACUGUACGCUGGUGAGUGCGUGACAGCAGAAGAGUGUCCCCGAGGAUGUACCUGUCGUGGUACCACCGUAGACUGCACCGCUGGUGGCCUCAUCCACCUCCCAGACACCCUACCUCCCUACACCACUGACUUGCUGCUGUCUGACAAUGAGAUCAGGGAGGUGGGUGGUUCAGGAGUGCUGCGGCAGUUGUCUCGCCUGCGUCGCCUGGUGCUCUCCAAUAAUCACCUACGACAUAUCACCAGGGGAUCAUUCCAGGGCAUUCAGUCUCUCCAUGAAUUAGACUUGUCAGAUAACGAUCUAUCAGAAGUCAACAGUCAUAUGUUUGAUGGACUUCCAGAGUUGAGGGCGCUCUCACUGGCAGACAAUAAGGUGACCUGCAUCUCACCAGGAGCAUUCAGCCCUCCUGCUCUUGCAGAAAUAAACCUUGAGGGUAACCCUCUUCGAUGUAACUGUCACAUGGGCUGGCUGGCAGAGUGGCUGCGAUCACAGAGGUCUACCACAGGUGUUCCCAAGUGUCAGUCUCCUCCACACCUGCGAGAUAUACUCAUCACUGAAGUUCCAAGCUCACAGUUUGCAUGUGAAGGUGAUGAACCAGGCUGCUUUGGGGUUGAGGAACGAUGUCCUCCUGAGUGCAGAUGUGAAGGCACUGUUGUCCGUUGUUCCAGAGCAAGACUACGCCAGAUCCCUAAGGGCAUACCAUCACACGCCACUGAACUGUACUUGGAUGUCAAUGAAAUAACUGAGUUGGACGCUGAUAGACUUUCUCACUUGACAGCCCUGACCAGACUAGACCUGAGUAACAACCAAAUUGCUGUACUGCAAAACAACACAUUUUCCAGCCUUCAUCAACUGUCAACAUUAAUUAUCAGCUACAAUAAACUGCAGUGCAUGCAACGAGACUCAUUGUCUGGCCUGCGGAAACUGCGUAUAUUGUCUCUUCAUGGGAAUGACAUUUCAAGAAUUCCCGAUGGUGCUUUUCGUGACCUUGUCUUCAUUACACAUAUAGCAAUGGGAGCAAAUCCACUUUAUUGUGAUUGCUCCUUGGCAUGGUUCUCAGACUGGGUAAAAGGUGAUUUUGUGGAACCUGGUAUUGCACGAUGUGCUGAGCCAGCAACCAUGAGGGACAAGCUAGUACUUACUACACCAACUCAAGCUUUUAAGUGUGUUCCAAAGGUCCCUGAUGAGGUACUUGCAAAAUGUGAUUUGUGCUACACUCAUCCUUGUGAGAAUGGAGCAACUUGCCGUGCCCUUGCCAACCGCAGCUAUGAGUGUGUGUGUGCUCCAGCAUUUUAUGGGUCAAACUGCCAAUACAAGAUAGAUGCUUGUUAUGGAAAUCCAUGCAGGAACCUUGGCACUUGCAAGAUUCUAGAAGCUGGUCGAUUCAGCUGCCACUGUCCUCCUGGGUUUGAGGGAGACCGAUGUGAAGUCAAUAUUGAUGACUGUGCUCAAAAUAAAUGUGAGAACAAUUCUACUUGCAUUGAUCUUGUGGAGGAAUAUAGAUGCCAGUGUCACCCUGGUUACACAGGUGAUUACUGUGAACGAAAGAUCCCCUUCUGUAGCAAAGAAUUUAAUCCCUGCAAAAAUGGAGCUGCCUGUGUUGAUCACUUCACCCAUUAUGAGUGUCAGUGCUCUCUGGGAUACUCUGGUGAAAAUUGUACCGAGAACAUUGAUGACUGUGUCAACCAUUUGUGUCAGAAUGGUGCAUCAUGUGUAGAUGGAGAGAAUGAAUACACCUGUAAGUGUAUUAAUGACUACACUGGAAAGUUCUGUGAGGUUGGCCCAGCAGUGUUCCUUCAGACUUCACCUUGUCAACAAAAUGACUGCCAGAAUGGCAUUUGUUUCGUUCCUCCAAACUCGAAAGAUUAUGUAUGCAAAUGUUCUCCAGGUUUUUCAGGUAAACAUUGUGAGUACCUCACUCGUGUGCAUUUUGGUGCCAAUGACUCAUACCUAGCUCUGGAGCCUCUCAAAACACGACCUCAGUCCAAUGUGACACUUCACUUCCGAACCAACAAAGAAGAUGGAGUGUUACUCUACAUAGGGGAGUCGGCACAUCUUGCAGUGGAAUUGUUUAAGGGUCGUAUCAGAGUGUCUUAUGAUGUGGGAAAUUAUCCAGUUUCAAAUAUGUUCAGUUAUGAAGUUGUAAAUGAUGGAGAAUGGCAUUCAGUUGAACUGCUGACCUUGAAGCAGAACUUCACCAUGCGUAUAAAUCGUGGUACCGCUCGCUCCAUAAUUAAUGAUGGAUCUAAUGAAUACCUUCAAGUCUCUUCGCCCCUCUAUAUUGGUGGUCUUCCUAGGGAAGUGGCACACUCUGCUAAUAGACAGUGGCAUCUGAGGGAUUCUGGAAGUUUCAGUGGUUGUAUGGAAAGGAUGUAUCUGAAUGGUCGUCUUACAGACCUUGGCUCGGGACAGCAACAUAAGGUUGCUCCCGGUUGUGGUGGUGAGGAGACAGUGAGAGAUCAGGGACUCAAUGGGAAUGACCAGCACAUGUUAAAAGCAGUAAAAGGCCUUGGAGCUAAAGAGGAAGAAUGUCAUCACAAUAACUCGAUCACUAAUGAAGUUCAGAUACACCCACCUGCACUAGAAGAGAAACAUAAGGAAGAAGAAGAAAUGACCAGAGUUGAUCCAUGUGAAAAUCACAAGUGUCGUCGUGGACGAUGUAAACCCAGACGCAAGUCAGAUGGAUUUGACUAUAAAUGUCGUUGCCGAACUGGGUGGUCUGGUAGAUUUUGUGACCAAGCUCCAACUUGCCGUAAAGAACAGUUUACCGAGUAUUAUGUGGAAAAUGGAUGCAGGUCAAGGAGGCCCAUCAAAAAUGCAAUCUGCAGUGGCACUUGUGGCACUCACUGCUGCAAGCCACGCAGAACAAAGCAACGGCAGGUUCGGCUUAUUUGUAAUGAUGGAACAUCCUACAAAAAAGAGAUUGAAAUCAUCAGGAAAUGUCGUUGCCGCAGACGAUGUUACUGAAAAAAAAUUUCUGAAAGUCAUUUUAGAGAUUGAAUACUGAGGAGAAAAUCAAAUAGCCAUUACUGAAAACAAGCCUGUGUAAUAUCAGUAAAAAGAUAGAAUUAUAUUAUUUGAGCAUGUUUAGUGAGAACAUUAAAAGUGACAAACAGUAGGUUGGAAAAGUUCCUCAGGAGAGAUGUAGUAAGGUUUGUAGGGAGGUAUAACUGUAGAAUUAAGUUUUAACACCAGGAAUUGACAAUGAUGGUCCUUAUUAUAUGAUAAAUGUAGGUACUCAUAAUAACCAAUGUAUCCCAUGUCUAUGAGCCAAACCAGUACAUGUACAUUUCCAUUAUCUUAAUGUAUAAGUCAGAUAGAAACAGGCUGAUUCAGGCAAUGGUAUCUGCAAGGAGAAAUGUCCUCAUUAAGUAAUAGGUCAUUGCUGUUAUAAACAUGCACUGUGGUGGACCCAAUCCUCGCUUAAUAAACCUGGAUUGAAGGUGUGCAACUUUACAUGUAUGGCAUCAGAAUAGUCUGAAUCUGUGUGUAACAGUAUUUUAAAACAAAGUUUGGAAAGUUGAAAAUCUGAUUGUAUUUGAGGUCAAGCAACUGAUAUUGAAUGGUGAAAUUCUGCUUUAUUGUAGUUGGUGUAACAGUUCACUUUGACUUUUGGUUGACUGUUCAUCAAGCAGAAGCUUCGCAUCACAGUUUCUGUACUAGGAGAUGGAUUCAGUGGCGUAAUGCAUGUGUAGUUAUCUACAAUCAUGAGAUCAGCAUAGUAGAUAUACAUCUAUCUCCCCCCCCCACCCCCC